AUGCCUUCCCCUGCUGUCCAUGAUCGCUCUUGCCUCUUGGUCCUCCAAAUUCCCAUUCGGACCUGCAAAUCGCACUACAGCACGUACCAGCUGCUGCUGCUCUCCUCCUCCUCUCCAUCUCAUCCUGAUCUACUACUCCCAUGUCUGCCAUCUACAUGAGCCAGCUCUCCACUGCUCUCCCUCUCAUGGAGGGAGAUCACCAACAAGAUCAUCGUCACCAAGGCCACUUCCAGGCCUUCACCAUGCCAAAGGAUCCCCCUCUCCUGUUCCCCUUUGUGAUCAGCAACAGCAGCACUAGUGACGGCAGCCUGAGCUAUGGGUCAGCAGACCAUCACUUGACGAGGCAGCAUCAAGCUAUGCUAGAGCCCCAGCAUAUGAUUAAUGGAUCGUCGGCGAGUGUCUUUGCGAUGCCGUUCCCGACCGUGGAGAGCAUCCACGACGACAUGAUCGAGCCAUCCUCGUACGAUCCAUACGAUAUGGGGAAGCUGCAGGUCAGCGGAUCGCUCGAGACUGGCAGCUGGACGCCGCCAGCCAAGAUGAGGAUCACGAGGAAGGUGAGCGCGGAUCCCGGUGCUGGCAUGGCGGCGAAGAAGCCCAGGAGAAGGGCGCAAGCGUACGAGGAUAUGGGCAGCGGCAUGAGCAGCCAACCUAAUUUGGGUGUUAUUAGGGUGUGCUCGGACUGCAACACCACCAAGACCCCCUUGUGGAGGAGUGGCCCUUGCGGCCCCAAGUCGCUCUGCAACGCGUGCGGCAUCAGGCAGCGGAAGGCGCGUCGCGCGAUGAUGGCCUCUGGGGCGUCGUCCACCACCGAUGGCGCUAAGGCGACCUUGCUCAGCGACGCCGCGCCCACGCACCCCAAGGUGAAGAAGGAGAAGAGAGCGGACGUGGACCGGUCGCUGCCGUUCAAGAAGCGGUGCAAGGUGGUCCAGGAUCACGCUGCCGUCGCCACUCCUGCCAUUGCCGCUGACAAGGCCGUCUUCCCGCAGGCCGCCGCGCAGGUUGCUGACGGCGGUCUGAGCAGGGAUCUCGUCGACAACAUUGGGCUCAUCAGCUGGAGCAGGAGUCCUGCUCCCGCAGCAGCCGCCACCGUCUGGAGCAGCUUCCUGCCGUCGCCGGCCUUGCCAGUGCAGGACGAGAUCACGGACGCCGCCAUGCUUCUCAUGACGCUGUCUUGCGGGCUUGUCCGGAGCUGAUGAUCGACCCUAUAUCGUGCACGACCACCACCGCUGGCUUUUUACAGCUAGCUAGUACCUUAGACUGUUAGUAUUGCCGUCGGACGACGACCGACCGUCCGAGCGGUAGUUUUUUUUUUUUUUUGUCUCUUGUUUUUGUUGCUAGUGUAACCUGUGCUACUGUUUAAGUCAUGUGAUCUGUUCGUGCAUGAGACUAGAGCAGAGAUAGGAACAAGAAGAAGAUCACGAGGGAAGUAAUAAGGCAGAAUCGCGUGAUACUAUCUAGCUAGGAUAUAAUUUCAUGCAGUGUGAGUUUCAUUUUGGACUAGCUUUUUUUAUGUUAGCUGCGGCUAAUCUGGUCGUUGCCUCGUUGGCAUGCAUACAGCAUACAUGUACCAUGCAUGUAUGUUUGUUCUUCGUUUUUGGUUGAGUUUCUUGUACUGGAGCAAAUAAUAAUAUGGAACUAUGGACUAUGGAGAGAGAUCGAAACACGAGGUGUUACUGUUCUUCGGUA